UGCAGAUAAUACAUGUUUAUUACAUCAAGUGCCAAUCAAUAAUCAUAAUUCACCUUAUAUAUAAUAAAUAUUAAUAUAAAUCAGUUUAUUAUGCAUGAAAGACUCGAAAUCCGUUCCGCCAAAAUUCCAUCACCUCCUGAAAUGAGACGCAAGAAUCAACAGUUUUAUAUUUGACCUAGAGUUCGUUCGUUUGCCCUUUGAGCUUUUUAGAAAUUAGAUAGAUAAUUUUCAAUUCAAGACUUUUAUUUGAUCAUAAUGACUCUGCUGGCUAUAAAAUAUGAACAUGGGAAGUUGGAGAUUCUGGAUCAACUUUUGCUCCCGAUUCAGUCUAAAUAUAUUUCUGUUAAGGGAGUCGAGGAUGGGUGGAGGGUUAUUAAUAAAAUGCAGGUUCGAGGAGCUCCAGCCAUAGCUAUAGUUGGAUGCCUUUCUCUUGCCAUUGAAAUUCUUGGACAGGUCUUUGAUAGCAAAAAGUUUUUGCGUCAAGAGAUUGAAGGUAAAUUAAAUUAUUUGGUAUCAUCACGACCGACAGCAGUAAAUAUGAAAAUUGCAGCUGAUGAAUUAAUUGAACUGGCAAACACUUUGGAUAAAAAUGAGGAUAUAUCUGUUGAUGAGAUGAAGGAAAAAUUUGUCCAAGCCAUAGAAGCAAUGCUGCAAAAAGACAUAGCUGAUAAUAGAGCUAUAGGCGAAUACGGAGCUACAGCUAUUUUAAACGAAUCAGCAAAAGAUUCAGUGUCUGUAUUGACACAUUGUAAUACUGGUUCUUUAGCAACUGCCGGUUAUGGAACUGCCCUAGGUGUCGUACGAUCCAUACAAGAACGAAAUAAAUUAGAUCAUGUUUUUUGCACUGAAACUCGUCCGUACAAUCAAGGAGCCCGAUUGACAGCUUUUGAAUUAGUCCAUGACAAAUUGCCUGCUACUUUAGUUUGUGAUAGUAUGGUUGCUGCGUUGAUGAGGACGAAAAGCCUGGAUGCUGUUGUUGUUGGAGCAGAUAGGGUUGCUGCCAAUGGAGACACAGCCAACAAAAUAGGCACAUACCAAAUAGCAGUUUUAGCAAAACAUCAUAAAGUACCAUUCUAUGUAGCAGCUCCAUUUACAUCCAUAGACUUUACGAUUCCCUCCGGUGAUAGGAUAAUAAUUGAGGAAAGACCAGAGCGCGAAAUGACCCACAUCGGGGAGUACAGGAUCGCCGCCAAAGGUAUCACCUGCUGGAAUCCUGCUUUUGAUGUCACACCAGCAAACCUUAUUAAAGGCAUCAUCACCGAAAAGGGAGUCUUUCAUCCUUCCAAACUCUCUGAUGAACUGGAUAAAUGACUUGGUAAAUGGACGGUUGAUGGAGUUACGAGAUAAAAGGCAAGGAAAAGACGCUUUUAUAUGAAAUAUAUGUUUAUAUACUAUGUUAAAUACCUAGUACUAGGGAAUGCAAUACCGAUGGAAAAUUUCAAUACCGGUAUUUUGGUAAUUUUUCAUUUUAAAACCGGAAUACCG